GUUUGCUAAAGCUAAAAGCUCUGAGCAAGAUCAGCCACCAUGAGUCUGCCUGUGUGUCUCCUGCUGGUCACUCUGGCCCUUUGUUUCUGUGAGGUCGAUGCAGCUCUCUGUCCAGCAGCUGUUAUUCAACACGUAUGGUUCUUUGUUCCUGGUGACCGUCAAUUCCAGUCACUACUUGAGAAAUUUAAUGCCCCUCUGGAAGCUGUUGAAGCCAAGAUGGCAGUGAAGAAAUGCACUGAUCACAUGUCCUUGGUGAACAGAUUAAAAAUUGGACAAGUAUUGGGGAAAAUAGCGCUCAAAUGUGGUCUCUGAGAUGUCAAAAGGAUCUCACGCUGGUCUCCACCAUCCUUUAGUGGUCUGCACUGCAGCAGGUAGAAGUUUCAACAUCUUGCUUUAAUAAAUUCUUUGCCCUUCUUUUCUGCACAG